AUGGAGGCCAAGGCUGUAGCAAUAGCCAUUGUCUUGCUCCUCCUAACCUUCGAAGAGGAUGGCUUUGGUGUGAGUUCUUACAAAGUAGAUUGGAAGGAAGAUUCUACACCUUAUCGUUCCCCUGUUUCUAAAGCGCAAACAAGACACCAGCACAUAAAAGUUCAAACCGGCAUGCUGUUCCUAAAGAAGAGUCUGCAUGUUGGCACUAUACUGCCGGAAGGCACCAUGUUUGCACGAGCUGGUUUGCCAAAGCCUGAUAGUUCCGUCUCUACUCCGUUACAACCAAUGUACUUGGCAACCAUCCUAUCACAUUUCAAGAUAGGUCGCAACUCCAUGAAGGCGAAGCAGGUAGCUGAUACCCUUCGUUCAUGCAGCAAGCCGAGUGACAUGGAGGAACCUCAGAUGUGCUUCUCAUCUCGAGGAGAAAUGGCAGGGUUUGCAACAAAAGAGUUAGGAGUUAGACGUGCUCGAGCAGCCAUUACAACGAUUCAUGGGCAUGAGAGCCCUAGGUCCAGAUAUAUUGUGGCAAGAAUCACCCCAGUAAGCACUAAUAUGGUGGCGUGCCACCCAAUGGAUUUUCCAUAUGAGGUAUAUUAUUGCCAUCGACCGAAAGAAGUAGAGUCUUUUAGGGUGCAACUCAAGGAACAGGAAAAUGACAUGCCGCUUGUGACGACAACUGCCAUGUGUCACAUGAACACAUUCAAUUGGGACAAACAGUACUUUGAGCUGCUGGGGGGAGAGCGCGGUGAACCUAUUUGCCACUACAUGCCACAGAAUUACAUCAUGUUCUAUUAG